GUGUGGUGGACAGUCUUUUAGUUUAGGGAUGUACUAGACGUUUUUUGUUUGAGAAUUCUUUUAAAAUUUUAAGUUUCAUUAAUCAUGUCAUGAUGUCUGAGGUUGCUGUAGAAGAAAUAUCGGCUCUAACCGCCAUAUACUGUGAGAAGGACGAGUUUGAGUUGCUCGGACAGUCAGAGACUGAAGGACUCACAUUCAGAAUUCAGAUUACAGUCGAUGGAUAUAAAGAAAAGCUACUACUGAAGCUCACCUUUCACCUACCCCUUGAUUACCCAUCUAGCCUGCCUGAUGUAUCUGUUAGUUCUGAACAGCUCACAAGAAAACAGUGCAUCGAUAUAAAGCUGGGUUUACUGAAAAAGGCAACAACACUUGUUUCCGAGCCCAUGGUCCAUGAACUGCUUCUUUGGCUACAACAGAACUUCACCACUGUUACUGAGCAAUCAGUAAGAUACCAAAACCCUCAGGGUAACAGUGAGCAGAGGAGUCAGGAUGAGACAUGGACAGCUCUACUACAGGUAGAUCACAUGAGGGCAAAAACCAAAUAUAAAAAAAUCAUUGAAAAGUGGACUUCAGAACUGGGACUCACCGGGAGACUGUUCAUAGGAAAGUUAAUAUUGAUUCUACUGCAGGGAGAGAGAAAAAGCAUAAAGGACUACCUUCUUCUGCAGAAGACUUCAAAGGUGGAUGUUGACUCAAAUGGAAAGAGAUGUAAAGAAAAAAUGAUGAGUGUUCUUUGGGAAAUGCAACUGCCAUGUGGAUGUAAACAGCUCCCAGCAUUUGAAGUUAAAGAUUAUUCAUCUGUAGAGGAACUAAAGACAGAAUUUGAAUUCGCUGGACUAUUAGAUCUGUACCACAAGUUUGUGCACAUGGUAGUUUAGCAAUUGUGCCUUUAUCAUCUGUCUGACCCUGGUCAAGUGUAAAUGUUCCAUUGGGAUAUUGCAAGAUAUUUUCACAGACGCAAUCCCUCCACUUGUGAUAAUGAGGUUCGUCAUCUCAAAUACUUUCUUAUCAAAUAAUAAAAAAAGACAUGGGAAUUGGUGAUAGGACAUUUGGAAUAAAGUUUUGUAAUGCUGUGUUGUAUUACAUUUAUGUAAGGGUAAACAAUAGUAGGGCAACAAUAACAAGGUAUUUUGACCCCUAUGUUGACAUACUUAUUUGUCAUUUUGGAUCACCUGUAGACUUCUUGUACCAAGGAUUUGGCAGAGUGAACACAAAGCCCAUUUUUUUUUUUUUUUUAGAAACAUAGAGAAUUUUCUAACCUAUGGCCUUUAUGCAUGUAGCAUAAUCUUUAAUGAAAAUCUGAAAUAUAUUUUAGAUAGCCAUUUGAAGAUUAUCUCAGAUCAUUUAAAAAUUAUGCUAAAAUACUCUAUUAUAGCAAUGGCCAUGUGUGAGACAGUGAUCAAACAACCACCAAUGAAUUAGUUUAAGUUAUGAAAGCCUUUUAUUUACAUUACAAGCCAUGCAUAUGUGGUGCUAGAUACUGUACAAUAACAAGAUAGUUAUUUAAAGUCCAUUAUGCCUGUCAGUCAUACGCUGCAGUCGUUUUUCUUAACCCUAAAAUGACUAAAAGGAAGGGAAAUGUACCUAGCCCGAGUCCAUUUCCUUAAACACAUUCAAAAGAACCUAGCUUUGAUAUAAAAUGAAUCUGAUUUGAAACUAUGAGACUUAAAAUAUAAGUGUAUGCAGCACUGGUUUCAGACAAGGCUAAUUUAAAUGAGAUUUUGUCUUUACGCAGUGCUAAAUUAUCUUGAAACAAUUCUCCUAUUUAGCUGCAUAUUUUCUUACUUUAAACUUAAUUACUUGCAUUUAAGAUUACAAACUACUUUAACAACUGGCUAUUUAUUCUUUGAAUGUUUGAAUGUAAUUAGGUAUUUGUUGGUGACUUUUUUUCUUAAAUGUCAUAAAUCCUAAUUAGAAUUUAAUCUUGUCUCUCUAGAGUACCUUCAUAUUCAAGUAACUGGUUUGAAAAAUUCAAACACCUCUGAAUAAUGAGUGUAUGAUGUAGACUCAGAUUUUGUUAUUUAGAACUUUUGUUUACUGUAUGCAACUUUAUUCGGCCAUUGCUGAGAAACUUUCCAAUCCAUGGAUAUUGCAGAAAAUUGGUGAAUAUAGUCCUGGCAUUUCUAUAACUAGUGUUUUCUACUAUUAUAACAACCUUGACUUGAAAACAGUGAAAUAGCUUGCAUC